AACCACUCCGCAGCCGGCAUCACGCCAAUCGUUAUUCAUCGUUCUCUGAUCGUUAUUCAGUAGCCAUCAUUCAACUCGUUACUUCGUGAAAAUUUUUAAGUGAAAGCGUGCGAGUCCUUCGAUUAUUCUUGCUACAUUGGCUAUAACUACUUGAAUUCGCUUUCUAUUAAAUCAAUAUAAAUCAUUCUAAAAAUGUCAGAAGAAAAAAAGGACUCGAAAGGUUCAGAGUCGGAACACAUCAACUUGAAAGUACUUGGUCAAGACAACGCCGUGGUGCAGUUUAAGAUAAAAAAACAUACGCCCCUUCGAAAAUUGAUGAAUGCCUAUUGCGACCGUGCGGGUUUAUCCAUGCAAGUCGUUCGAUUCCGCUUUGAUGGCCAGCCGAUAAAUGAAAAUGACACACCGACAACGCUGGAAAUGGAAGAAGGAGAUACGAUCGAAGUGUAUCAGCAACAAACCGGCGGAAAGCUUUAUUUUUAACUUUAACAAAUGAGUGUCAAUAAAAAUUCCUUAAAUAAGUA